AUGAAGAAAGGCUCUCAGAAGAAGAAACCACUCUUCAAAGCAAGAAUGCCAUCACCAUCUCCACCUCCUAGUCCUUCAUCUCUCGUAUCUAGCAUGAGAUCCAGCUCACUCUCCCCUUUGAGUGGGCUAGACAUUCUUCCUCUUCAUUCUGGAGGACAGUGGUCUGAGCAAGUUGAGAUGACGCAUGGAAACUGUAUGCCUUUGGACGACCAUCACCAUCAAGAAGGUGAUUCACAUGCGGGAGUUCGAUAUAUUACGGAGGCCCUUAUAAAAAAGCUUACUAAACAGGACAGUUUGGCCAUGGUAAAAUCUCUGAACCUUUCACUUUCUAAAGAUGGUGGCAAAAAAUUUAAGUACAUUGAAAAUUUAGAAAAAUGUAUUAAACUUGAAGUGCUAAAUCUGAGCCAUAAUCUGAUUGGGAAGAUUGAAAAAAUGGAUAAGCUGUUAAAACUCCGUGAACUCAACUUAUCAUAUAACAAAAUCUGCAAAAUUGAAGGCAUAGAAAGUAUGUGUAAUUUGCAAAAGCUGAACCUUGCAGGAAAUGAAAUCGAACAUAUUCCAGCGUGGGUAGGCAAGAAGCUAAGAUCCUUGAGAGUCCUCAACCUGAAAGGCAACAAGAUAGCAUCUCUCCAAGAUGUCAGCAGAUUGAAACCACUUAAAGAUUUGACUUCUCUGACGCUAAGUGAAAACCCAAUUAUGAGCCUUCCUCAUUUCUGCCAGUUUACUAUUUUCCACCUCCGUUCCCUGGAAAGUCUGGAAGGUCAGCCAGUGACCUCUCAAGACAGGCAAGAAGCUUUUGAGAGAUUCAGUUUAGAAGAGGUAGAAAGAUUGGAAAGAGACCUGGAAAAGAAGAUGAUGGAAACCGAAGAGCUUAAAAGCAAACAAGCAAGGUUUCUUGAGGAAAUAAAAAACCAAGAUAAGGUGAAUAAAUUAUUAAGAGAGGAGGCCACUUUACAGAAACAGAACUGUGAGAAGCUCGAAAGUAACCUAAACACAAAAAAUGAAUUGCUAAAACAGAAGACCAUAGAAUUAACUCGAGCAUGUCAAAAACAGUAUGACCUGGAGCAGGAAUUAGCUUUUUAUAAAAUCGAUGCUAAAUUUGAGCCACUGAAUUAUUACCCAUCUGAGUAUGCUGAAAUUGAUAAUGCCCCAGACGAAAGCCCUUACAUUGGCAAGUCGAGAUACAAAAGAAAUAUGUUCACCACGGAGACUUUCAUUGUUAAUAAUGCUCAACCAAUAGUUAUCAAGAAGAUACAACCUGGUGAAGAAAAACAACUUAGAAAUGAACAUGCAACCCUGGACAUGCAACUGGAAGACAAAGAGAAGCAAAUAAGUGCAGCACAAACUCGACUAUCAGAAUUAAAUGAUGAAAUAGAAAAGGCAGAACAACAAAUUUUAAGAGCUACUGAAGAAUUUAAACAAAUGGAAGAAGCCAUACAACUUAAAAAGAUUUCAGAAGGAGAGAAAGACCUUUACAAGCCGUUGGGUGAUAAAAUAAAACUUCUAAAUAAAUUACGUCAAGAGGCUCUGGAUCUGGAAAUGCAGCUAGAAAAGCAAAGGCAAGAAAUUGCUGAAAAGCAAAAGGAGCUUCAGCACCUGCAAAUAACCAUAGAUAGCCUGGAUGCUCAAGACCCAAAACAUUGCCAUGUGAAGGCCCAGAAAAGAGGUAAAGAACAGCAACUGGACAUUAUGAACAAGCAGUACAAACAACUUGAAAGCAGUUUAGAUGUGAUACUUUCUAGAAUUGCUAAAGAAGCUGAAGAGAUUAAGGACCUUGAACAACAGCUUACUGAAGGCCAGAUAGCAGCAAAUGAAGCCCUGAAGCACGAUUUGGAAAGUGUCAUCAGUGGGUUGCAGGAAUAUCUGGGAACUGUCAAAGGCCAGGCAACUCAAGCCCAGAAUGAGUGCAGAAAGCUCCAGGGUGAGAAGGAGACGUUGCUGCAGAGAUUGACAGAAGUUGAGCACGAGAGAGACCAGCUGGAAAUUGUUGCCAUAGAUGCAGAAAAUAUGAGGAAAGAGCUUGCAGAGCUAGAAAGUGCCCUGCAGGAGCAGCAUGAGGUGAAUGCAGCUUUGCAGCAGACCCAGGGAGAUCUCACUGCAUAUGAGGAAGAGCUUGAGUCUCAGCUCAAGAAAAGAGAUGCUGAGGCCACCGUACUCAAGGAAGACUUGGAAAAACUUACACAGCUCUCCCAGCUGGAACAGUUAACCCUUCAAGCUGAACUGGAAAAGGAAAAGCAGGCUCUCAGGAAUGCCCUCAGAGAAGUACAGCUCUCAGAAGAAAAGGCGCAAGAAAAUAAUGAACUCCACACUCAACUUAAGCAGCUGCAGGAUGACAAUGAACUUUUGAAACAAAAACUUAAAGAUUUCCAGAAUCACCUUAACAGUGUGGUUGAUGGUUUGAUUCGUCCAGAAGAUGUGGCAGCUCGUGUGGAUGAGCUAAGGAGAAAACUGCAGUCCGGGGCUGGGGAAAUGAGAAUUUAUAGUUCUUCUGAUGUCUUAGGGAAAAGUCUUGCAGGUUUACAGAAGCAGCUCAGUGAAAUCCUUGCACAUUCCCAGUGGGAAAAAGAGGAAGCCCAAGUUAGAGAACGGAAACUCCAAGAGGAAAUGGCUCUGCAGCAAGAGAAACUGGCAAAUGGACAAGAAGAGUUCAGGCAGGCGUGUGAGAGAGCCCUGGAAGCAAGAAUUAAGUUGGAUAAGAGGCAGCAUGAUGCAAGAAUCCAGCAGUUGGAGAAUGAAAUUCACUAUCUGCAAGAAAAUCUAAAAAGUAUGGAAGAAAUCCAAGGCCUUACAGAUCUCCAACUUCAGGAAGCUGAUGAAGAGAAAGAGAGCAUUCUGGCCCAACUCCAAGAGUUAGAGAAAAAGAAGAAAUACGAAGAUGCCAAGUCUCAGGAGCAGUUUCUUGGUUUAGAUAAAGAAUUAAAGAAAUUAAAGAAAGCAGUAGCUGCCUCUGAUAAGCUGGCUGCAGCUGAGCUCAACAUUGCCAAAGACCAACUUAAAUCCCUUCACGGAACUGUUAUGAAAAUUAACCAGGAGCGGGCAGAGGAGUUCCAGGAAACGGAGAGGUUCAGCAGAAAGGCCGCACAAGCAGCCAAGGAUCUGACCCGAGCGGAAGCCGAGAUCGAACUUCUACAGAAUCUUCUCCGGGAUAAAGAGGAGCAGUUUCGAAUUCAGAUGGAGAAAGUAGAUGCUGACUCCAAAGGAGGAGACUCGCAGGUUCUAGAAAUUGAGAAGCUGAACGAGAUAAUGGAGAGACAGAGAACAGAGAUCACACGGCUUCGGGGCUUACUAGACUUUACUGGGGCUGAUAACAAAGGGAGCUUUGAAAAUGUUUUGGAAGAAAUCGCUGAGCUGCGACGUGAAGUUUCUUCUCAGAAUGAUUACAUUAGCAGUAUGGCAGAUCCUUUCAAACGACGAGGCUAUUGGUACUUUAUGCCAGCACCUCCACCAUCAUCAAAGGUUUCCAGCCAUAGCUCCCAGGCUACUAAAGAUUCUGGUGUUGGCCUGAAGUACACAGCCUCUACUCCUGCUAGGAAACCACAUCCUCAGCAGCAGGAUGGGAAGGAAGGCAGUGACCCUCCACCUGCCUUAGGCUACUGGGUUUAUUCUCCCAUCAGGAGUGGGUUACAUAAAGCAUCUUCAAAUAGAGAUGGAGACAGUCGAGAAGACAGCCAGGAAGAGAGUGAACUGGAUAAUCAAGAAGACCAGCCAUUUGUGCCUCCUCCCGGAUAUCUGACAUAUACUGUGUUUCCUGAUGGCUCUCCUGUUCCUCAGGGCAUGGCCCUGUAUGCACCACCUCCUCCUUUGCCCAACAGUAGCCAACCUCUCACCCCUGGCACCGUUAUUUAUGGCCCACCUCCUGCUGGGGCUCCCAUUGUAUAUGGACCACCACCCCCAAACUUCUCUGUGCCCCUCAUUCCAAUCGGUGUGCUGCAUUGCAACGUCCCGGAACACCAUAACCUAGAGAAUGAAGUGUCUCGAUUAGAAGACAUAAUGCAACAUUUAAAAUCAAAGAAACAGAAAUGGUUAAGUGCAUCCAAGCAGCAGUCUGAGAGAGAAAUGGAAGAAUUGCAUCAUAAUAUUAAUUACCUUUUGCAAGAAAAGAAAGACUUAGAGUACGAAGUAGAAGAAUUACAUAGAACCAUCCAGAAACAUCAACAGCGAAAAGAUUUUAUUGAUGGAAAUGCUGAAAUUCUAAUGGAUGAUCUAGAAAUGGAAAAAUCACUCAAACACCAUCACGAUAACGUUGUAGAAGAAAUCGAGUGCAUUGAGAAGACCCUUCUGAAGCGUCGGGCAGAGCUCAGAGAGGCUGACCGACUCCUGGCAGAGGCCGAGAGUGAACUCUCAGGCACAAAAGAGAAGACCAAAAUUGCUGUUGAAAAGUUCACCGAUGCCAAAAGAAAUUUAUUGCAAGCCGAGUCAGAGGCUGAGGAGCUAGAGAGGAGAGCUCGGGAAACUGCCGUAAACCUUGUCAAAGCAGAUCAGCAACUCAGAUUGCUCCAGGCUGACACUAAGGAUUUGGAACAGCACAAAAUCAAGCAAGAAGAAAUCUUGAAAGAAAUAAACAAGGUUGUUGAAGCAAAAGACUCAGACUUUCAGAGUCUAAGCAGGAAGACAGAAAAACUGACAGAGGAGCUUCAGAGACUGCAAAAGGACAUCGAAGCUGCAGAACGUAGUGAGGAUCACCACCUGCUUGUCCUUCAAGAAUCCGAGACCCUCCUGCAGGCCAAGAGAACAGAGCUGGAGACGCUGAAAUGCCAGGUGGCAGGACAGCAGCAGGAGAUGGUGGCGUUGGAUAAGCAGUUGGGGCAUAACAAGGAGGAGCUGCAUCUACUCCAAGGAAGCAUGGUCCAGGCCAAGGCUGACCUCCAGGAAGCCCUGAGACUAGGAGAAACCGAAGUAGCUGAGAAGUUCAGUCACAUUAGGGAAGUAAAAUCUCUCCUGGAGGAACUGAGUUUUCAGAAAGGAGAAUUGAAUGUCCAGAUUAAUGAAAAAAAAACUCAACUUGCACUUAUAAAGCAGGAAAUUGGAAAAGAAGAAGAGAAUCUUCAGAUCGUUUUAGUACAAGCAUCUAAACAUAAGACUGAACUGAAGAAUAUUCUGGAUAUGUUGCAACUUGAAAACAGUGAGCUGCAAAGUUUGAAGCUACAGCAUGACCAAAAGUUAACUGAAUUAGAGAAGAUCCAUGUUGAAAUGCUAGAGGCGAAAUUGGACUUGGAGAAUUUGAAGCAGACAGCCCUGCAGCAGAAGGGGGAAGUAGAGUGGCAGAAGCAGCUCCUCGACAGGGACAAACGGGAAGUAGAGCAACUGUCCGCUGAGACCCAGGCAUUACAGUCGCGUGUGGAGUCUCUGAGCAGACAGAAGGGGGAUCUGAAGGAGAAAUGUGACAGCUGGGAAAAGAAACUGGCACAGACCAAACGGAUUCUAGCAGCAACAGAAGAGAAUAACAAAAUGGAGCAGUCAAACUCAGAGAGGUUAAAGGUGGAUGUCGGAAAACUGCAGCAAGAAGUAGACCAGCUCAGCAGAAACAAGAUCUCACUGCACAGAGACAUGGCAGCAUUGCAGCAGCAGUUGCAAGAAAAACGAGAAGCCAUCAACUCACUGCAGGAGAAACUGGUUGAUACUCAAGACCAUUUGAACCUAGCUAAACAGGAUCUGCUCCACACCACCAAGCAUAAAGAUGCACUGCUCAGCGAGCAGAGCGGACUGCAGAAGGGCCUCGGCGAGUGGAAGAAGAAGGUUGAAGAUUGCCAGAAAGAAGGGGAGACAAAGCAGCAACAACUUCAGGAGAUUCAGAAGGAGAUUGAAGAAAAUAAGGCCAAGCUCAAGGAACAGGAAAUGAUGCUGCAGAGACUCCAGAAAGAGAGAGCGAGUGAAGAAAGAAACCUCCAAGCCAGUCGAGCAACACUGAAGCAGCAACAGCUCCAGCUGGAAACGGAGUUGAAAGACCAGAAAGACAAACUGGACCAGGCAGUCACCAAAGCAAUGGAGGCUGAAGAGCGUGUCAGGGUUCUGCAGGGAGAAGAAAAGUGGGGUGAAACCCUGGAGAAGUCGCUCAGCAAAACUAAACAGAGGCUUUCAGAACGGGAGCAGCAGCUACGGGACAAGUCGAGCGAGCUGUUGGCUCUCCAGAAGGAGAUGGACUCUAUGAGGGCUGAUUUCAGCCUCCUGCGGAACCAGUUCCUGACAGAGAGGAAGAAAGCCGAGACUCAGGUCGCUUCCCUGAAGGAAGCUCUUAAGAUCCAGCGGAGCCAGCUGGAGAAAAACCUUCUUGAGCAGAAGCAGGAGAAAAACUGCAUGCAGAAGGAGAUCGCAACUAUCGAACAAGUGGCCCAGGACAACCACGAGCGAGCCCGGCGGCUGAUGAAGGAGCUCGGCCAGAUGCAGCAGGAGUACCUGGAGUUGCAGAAACAGGUGGCGAACCAGAAGGAUCUGGAGAGAAGACAGAUGGAAGUCAGUGACGCCAUGCGGUCCCUGAAAUGUGAAGUGAAGGAUGAAAUCCGAACCAGCCUCAAGGAUCUCAACCAGUUCCUCCCAGACCUACCUGCAGAUCUGGAAGCUAUUCUGGAAAGAAAUGAGCAGCUCGAAGGAGGGCUGGAAAGCCUGAAAGAGAACUUUCCGUUCGCUGUGAACGAGCGGCCUUUGGAAGGGAAGCUGAACUUUUCCCAGGCGCAUUUAACGGAUGAACACUGGCACGGAGAAGCGCUCCGUGAGAAGCUGCGACACCGUGAAGAUCGACUCAAGGCCCAACUUCGACAGUGCAUGUCCAAGCAGGCAGAGGUGCUGAUCAAAGGGAAGCGCCUGACCGAGGGCUCUUUGCACAACCUGAGGCGGCAAGUGGAUGCAUUAGGGGAACUGGUCACCAGCAGCUCUCUCAACUCCUCGCGCUCGACCAGUGUGUCGCAGCUGGACUCUUGCGUGGCCGAGGACGCGCACGUCGGGCCCAUCCAGGUUCUAGAAGGGCCUCUAUAUCUCGCAGACAGCUACCGACACUGAUGCCCUUCCCUGCUUCCUGCUCAGUGGGAAAAGAAUGCCAGAUGGAAAAUACUGUAUUUUGCAGAAAACACCUCCAACUACCUCACUGACUUACUACUUGGAAUGCCACUUGUUUUUUUUCCAAGAGCAAGUGAAUCGAGAUGCUGAAACUCCACGCGCUUAUGUCGCUUGCACCCUGAUGCAACCAUUUUUUGUAAAUCAUUUGUACAUAUGAAUAGUUGUAUACAAGUUAGACCAAUGUUCAGAUGAUUGUGGGGGGUUUUGUUAAUCUUUUUACUGUAAACUUGAAUCCAUAAACAGAUAAAACCUGUGAUUACAAAGAGGGAAAAAGAUACUCCUUUGUUUAUAUAGUGUCAGAAUAUUUUGGAUUUUGCUUAAAAUCUAUUUUCCUAUGAAACGAGAAUAAAAGAAAAUAAAACAUGA